CAUUUCUCCCCCUCACCCCCCACCAAACCCAACAACAUUCAAAACCUAACACACAGAAAUCGCCAUGGAUUCAGAUUUCGGGAUCCCCAGAGAACUCUCCCCUCUUCAGCAGCUCCGAUCUCAGUACCAGCCCGAGCUUCCUCCUUGUCUCCAGGGGACCACUGUCCGGGUGGAAUUUGGUGAUGGAACUACCGUGGCCGAGGCUGCUGAUGCUCACAUCAUCUCACGUGCCUUCCCGCACACCUACAGUCAGCCUUUGGCUCACUUCCUCCGGGCAACUUCCAAAGUUCCCGAUGCUCAGAUCAUUACAGAGCAUCCUGCUAUUAGGGUUGGAGUUGUGUUUAGUGGAAGGCAAUCUCCUGGUGGACAUAAUGUAAUUUGGGGUCUUUACGAGGCUCUCAAGGUCCACAACCCGAAAAGCGCUUUGUUAGGCUUUGUGGGUGGGUCUGAAGGUCUAUUUGCUAAAAACACCCUGGAGAUCACAGAUGAUAUCCUCCAAACCUACAAAAACCAAGGUGGCUAUGAUUUGCUUGGAAGAACCAAAGAUCAGAUCAGAACAACUGAACAAGUUAACGCUGCCCUGGCCUCUUGCACAGAGUUGAAAUUGGACGGCCUUGUUAUUAUUGGAGGUGUAACAUCAAACACUGAUGCUGCACAUCUUGCCGAAUUUUUUGCCGAAACAAAAUGCCCAACAAAGGUGGUUGGUGUUCCUGUUACUAUUAAUGGGGAUCUCAAGAAUCAAUUCGUGGAGACAAAUGUUGGCUUUGAUACCAUAUGCAAGGUGAAUUCCCAGCUCAUUAGCAAUGUCUGCACUGAUGCUCUCUCCGCAGAGAAGUAUUAUUACUUCAUCCGUCUCAUGGGCCGGAAGCACUCCCAUGUUGCUCUUGAAUGCACCCUCCAGUCUCAUCCAAACAUGGUGAUACUGGGCGAGGAGGUUGCGGCCUCUAAGCUCACACUUUUCGACAUCACAACACAGAUCUGUGAUGCUGUUCAAGCAAGAGCCGGAGAUGACAAGUACCAUGGAGUGAUCCUGAUCCCCGAAGGGUUGAUUGAGAGUAUUCCGGAAGUCUAUGCUUUACUGAAGGAAAUUCACGAGUUGCUAAGGAAGGGUGUUUCUGCUGAUAAAAUUUCUUCUCAGCUCUCACCCUGGUCAUCCGCUUUGUUUGAAUUUCUCCCACCAUUCAUUAAGAAACAGCUGCUGCUUCACCCUGAGUCCGACGAUUCUGCACAGCUAUCCCAGAUCGAGACAGAGAAACUUCUUGCAUAUCUCGUGGAGAAUGAAAUGAACAGGCGUCUGAAAGAAGGCACAUACAAAGGGAAGAAAUUCAAUGCUAUCUGUCACUUUUUCGGUUACCAAGCUCGUGGGGCUCUGCCGUCGAAAUUCGAUUGCGAUUAUGCCUAUAUUCUUGGACAUAUAUGUUAUCAUAUCCUUGCAGCUGGUUUGAACGGUUACAUGGCAACUGUUACUAACCUGAAGAGUCCCGCAAACAAGUGGAAAUGCGGCGCUGCUCCAAUGACGGCGAUGAUGACGGUGAAGCGAUGGUCCCAGAACGCCGGUUCUGCAUCAAUAGGUAGACCUGCCAUUCAUCCGGGUACAGUCGAUCUCAAAGGAAAAGCAUACGAGGUAUUGAGGCAAAACGCUGAAAGAUUCUUGAUGGAAGACCUCUACAGAAACCCGGGACCGCUUCAGUACGAUGGUCCUGGCUCGGACGCAAAGGCCGUGAGCCUUUGUGUGGAAGACCAGGACUACAUGGGACGUAUCAAGAAACUUCAGGAGUACCUCGAACAGGUGAGGACAAUAGUGAAACCAGGAUGCUCGCAAGACGUUCUGAAAGCGGCCCUGAGCGUUAUGGCGUCGGUGACAGACGUUCUCUCCACCAUGUCCUCCUCCUCCUCCUCUCUCUGAACUCUCUCCCUAGUUUUUGGUUUACUUAACUCUCACACUUUCUGUCGCCUCUAUAUUUAAUCUUUUUAUAAUUUUUUUUUACUUUUCAUAAUAAUUAUAAUAAUAAUAAUAUUCAUUGUCUCAGAUUCUA